AUGUCCCUAACGAUGCAGAGGUACCUCCCGCAACCAUGGGAAGCCAUGAGUAACAACAUGCUAGCCAAGAUCCAGAACACAUCAUUUAAGCUGAAACCCGAAUGGCGUAUCAAUCCUGCGCCUUCCUUGGUUCAUAACGUACCGACGGUAACGGAUACACUAAUACCAGGGUUGGAGAAGGGAGAGAUCCAGUCUGUUGAAAUCGCGGAAAGAAUCACCGGCGAAUUUGCCGUGGAACUGGCAAACGGCAAGGUCGUCGAAGUCGACACCAUCAUAUGGUGCACUGGAUAUCAUGUCGACUAUAGCGUCGUUGGCGACUUUGACCCGACACUCGAGACAUGCCACACGGGCGUGUCAGAAGGGGCUUUGGAAGUGAUGUCCACCCCGCCGAUAAAGGACCCGGCCUCUAAACUAAAGCAAUUCGAACCACCGAUUCCUAGACUUUACCAAAAUCUCCUAUCCCUCAGUCACCCGGAUUCUCUGGCGUUCCUCGGCACUGCAGCGAUUCCUUCAGCUGCGUUCCAAAUUUACGACCUCGCCACCAUGGCUAUUGCACAACUGUGGAAGCCAGAUGAUUCUUCACCUGAUUGGCUUGAUGAAACUUCGGGUUGCCGAGUGGACAAGCAUUUGGGAUACGGGCGCACGGGCUGGGCGUUCUGGUUGAACAAUAGAGAAUUUUGCAACUCCCUCAUGGAUGGGAUAUACAGUCCCCAUGUCUAUCGAUUGUUUGACAGCCACGGCAAGCAGAAAGCAUGGGCUAGCGCAAAAGAGGCGAUCAUCGGUGCCAAUGAGGAGGCUGAACGAAGACGCAAAGACCGCGUACAGCGCAAACAGAAGGAUUAA